GUCGAUUUAGGAUUUCGAUUUCGUAAAAAAUAGGUAGAAUUCGACAAUUUGUUUGUAUUCUUAUAUAGGGUAUUAAUUAAUUUAGGGUUUACAUGAUGACAUCAUUAUUGGUACCCUUUUUACAUGUACAUGGCAUACUUAUAUGUCAUAAAUCUUUCUUCCUCAAGUAUUCCUCCUAAAACAAUUGCGGGCGCUCUCGAAGAAAAGGGUAACUUAGACAAUGCAACAUCCUAAGCCAAGUAGAGGUAGAACUACAGGAACUACCGGAAAACUUGUAAAGAGUACAUCUGGAGCAAAUCGGGACAACCUUUCCUCCCAAAGUUCAUCAACUAACCGAUCACCACGCACUCCAGCAUCCGAGAAAAAACGUGUUGGCAGAGUAUCUGAAUUGGAAACCCAAGUUGCACAGCUUCAAGAAGAACUCAAGAAGACAAAGGAUCAUUUGAGUGAAUCGGAGUUAUGUCAGAAGCGAGCUCAUCGGGAGGCCGAAGAUGCCAAGAAGCAACUUGCAGCUACGUUAGCGAAGCUUGAGGAGUCACAACAACAGCUCGACGAGAUAUGGGCUAGUGAAGAAUCUAGAAUUCAGGAACUUAGGAAAAUCUCACAGGAUCGAGAUCGAGCAUGGGAGUCUGAACUGAAAGCUGUACAGAAACACCAUGAGAUGGACUCAGCUGUUUUAGCCGCUACCAUGAAUGAAAACCAGAAACUCAAGAUCCAGCUUCAAAAGGUGGUGGAAUCUGAAGCGACUCGGGCUAAGGAUAUCGAGUCUGCUCAUGGUCAUGAGGUACAUAUGUUACGGUUAGAGCUUUCGGAAGCUCUUGAUCUUGUUGAAGAACUCAAAGAUCGAUUGAAUGAGUCAAAAGAUUCGGAAGCUCGAGCUUUGGAGCUCGUUAGUCAAACUCGAGAGCAACUGGAAAUGGUAAAGUCGAGUAUGGAGAAAGAUGUGGUGGAGUUGACAGAAGACGGGGAUGGAAGUGAUGAAGCGGCGAGGGUGGUGGAGUUGGGAUCCGCUCUGGCGGCGAAUGCAGAGAUGGAAAACGAGCUACGGAGGCUGAAAGUACAAACAGAGCAGUGGAGGAAGGCGGCGGAGAUGGCUGCGUCCAUGGUUUUGGGUGAUGGUGAUGGGAAGUUUGUUGAGCAGUCGUCGGAGUCGUUUGAGUUUCAUGCUCCUGGUGAAAAGUCGAAUUCGCCAUAUUCUGAAGAUACAGAAGAGGAAUCAACGAACAAAAAGACCAAUAGCAUGUUGAAGAAAAUCGGAGUUUUGUUGAAGAAAGGCCAGAAGCAGUUCGAAUCAUCUACCAAGUAAUUAGCAUGUAAACUGUUAAUUUACGGGUUUUUGACAAAAUUACAUUUAAUUUUAAUGUUUUUUUUUAAUUGUAUAGAUCUUAUUAUUUUCCAUUGUAUUUAAAAAAUUAUUUUUAAUGGUAGAUUUUGCUGGUGGUAGAGUAUA